GUCCCAAGGCCCCCUCGUCUAUAUCCCCCGGUGUCUCCCCCAGCUUCUCCUUAUCUUUCUUUCUACCUUUCUUGCCUAUUUCUCUAUCUGUUUCCCUCCCCUUUUUUCUAUCAAAUACUCGUGAUUACAUAUUUACAAAGAUACCUACAGUCAUCCCCUCAUCGAGUCAACACUGUUGGACCCCUUAUUUGUGCGCCCGUGUUUGGCCACGUCCACACGCUGUCGUGUUGCUUGCCCUUUCUUAUAAUCCCUUUAUCUAGUCCUAUUUAUCCCUCGUGGCUGCCCCCCCCCCCUAUCUCUCUCUCUCUCUCUCUGUUGAUUCCGCUGCUUCCAAGAAAUUGACAAGAAAACACUCCUGGUCUUGGCAAUGUCGGACCACCAAGAAACCCACGCUGCUGCCACCGCACCCGCGGCUAUGCCGCAGGACCAGCACCAUCAUCAACAGCAUCCUCAGCAAAUAGCAACAGCAACGUCUCCUGUGACUGCUGCUCAGACAGCAUCGUUGCCCACGGCUCCCGUGACUACUUCGCCGUCGGCCUCGGUCGCGGCGACGGCCGCCGCGGCCACCGCUGCCGUGAAUCAGAACCAUGCCGCCGCUGCCGCUCGUCCGGGUGAGGAACUCGCGUGUUUAUGGCAGGGGUGUUCUGAGAAAUCUCCUUCGCCUGAGGCUCUUUAUGAACACGUUUGUGAGCGCCAUGUCGGCCGCAAGAGUACCAACAACCUUAACUUGACUUGCCAAUGGGGUAGCUGUCGCACUACCACUGUCAAGCGCGACCAUAUCACCUCGCAUAUUCGAGUCCAUGUUCCGCUUAAACCGCACAAGUGCGACUUCUGCGGCAAGGCUUUUAAGCGGCCUCAAGAUUUGAAGAAGCAUGUCAAGACCCAUGCUGAUGACUCGGUCCUGGUGCGGUCUCCUGAGCCUAGCGCCAGGAACCCUGAUAUGAUGUUCCCUGGACACACUAAAGGAUAUGCUACCGGUGCUCAUUACUUUGAGCCUGCAUUGAACACCAUACCGGCCCAGGGCUAUCCUCAUGGGCCUCCCCAGUACUAUCACUCGCACCCAGCACAACCCCCGAACCCAUCGUACGGCAAUGUUUACUACACCCUUAAUCAGGGCCAGGACCCUGGACAUGUAUCGUACGAGUCGAAGAAGCGCGGGUAUGAUGCGCUCAAUGAGUUUUUUGGUGACCUGAAGCGCCGCCAGUUCGACACCAACUCGUACGCUGCGAUCGGCCAGCGCCUUCUGAGUCUGCAAAACCUGCAGCUUCCCAUCCUCAGCGGCGGUCCUGUCCCUGAAUACCAGCCCAUGCCUGCCCCAGUGGCCGUACCUGCCGGUGGCGGGGGUGGUGGUCCUGGCUAUGGCGGCCCACAGCCGGUUCAAUACCAGCUGCCUCCUAUGGCAAACGUGCGGACCAAGAAUGAUUUGCUCAACAUUGAUCAGUUCUUGGAGCAGAUGCAGAACACCAUCUACGAGAGCGAAGACCACGUCGCUGCGGCAGGUGUCGCGCAACCGGGUGCUCACUACGUGCAAGGUGGCAUGAAUUACCGCGCUACCAACUCACCACCCAGCCAGCUGCCGCCGAGUCAUGCCACAGCGGCGACCACUGUUGCUCCCAUGUUGAACACUACCGCAACGGCACACUCGCCCCCUACGGGCACUCCUGCCUUGACGCCACCAUCAAGUGCGCAAUCGUACACAUCGGGUCGUUCCCCCAUCUCAGUCCAUGAUAGUAGCAGCUCGAGUAUGUACCCGCGACUCCCAUCAGCGACCGUACCAGACACCAUGGGAGGUGGAUACGUGACUGCAUCGAGCGCAGCGCCCCCAUCGACGCUGAGCGGAGUAUUUGACCACGAUGACCGCCGUCGCUACACAGGAGGCACUCUCCAGCGGGCGCGACCGGACGAUAGGAUGUCGGUCUCCUUGGAUUCCGAAAAUGGUGAUUCUGAUGGAGACCGCACCCCACCUGCCAAGCAACCGUCUGCGGGUCCUACCUCUACGGGACAGGAAAUUUCAGCCAGUCUGAUUGACCCCGCCCUGCACUCGAGCGGUAGUCCCUCGUCAUCGCCUUCAUCGGCGGACGCAGACGCAGACGCGACCCUGCGGACUGCCCAGGCUGCCACAGAGGUGGCGGAGCGGGCGGAUUCGCAGUGGGUAAGUCUGGUGCGGGCGCUGGAAGGUCUACGGGGUUGGAUUAACUACCGGAUUGAUCAUGAAGAGUAUGAUGAGGAAGAGCAGGCCCAACGGCGGCAGCAGCAGGCAGAGCAGGAGCAAGCAGAGCAACAAAUGCAGUCUCCAGAACCACCAGUAGAGCAGCAUACCCCAGAGCAACCGGAAGCGCCAUCAGAGGAUGUUGCGAUGGGCGGAAUGGAGACGGGGACGGAGAAAGCGGUCAAGGCUGAAGGGCCGGGUGAGACAAGUGAAGAUACAGUCAUGUAUCCGACUCUACGCGGGUUGGAUGAGGAUGGCGAUUCCAAGAUGUAGUUUCUUUUCUGUUCUAUUUUACUCUUCUGUUUAUUAUGGUUAUGAUUGUUUCUAUAUCUCUUUUGUUAUUUGUAUUCUUGUUUACCAGGUGUGUUGUUACCGCCGAAAUGGGAUACUUUUUUGUGCGGGUCCGCGAUGUAACUGGAGUUUUUUUUUUUGGCUGCAGGAACGGAUCGCCGGUUGCAGAUGCAUUGUUGUCUUAUUGUGUGCAUUUUAGUAGUCUUAUCACCGGCAGUAGUGGGAGUACAGUUGUACUUGCUUGUAUACAAAUGGAAGCCAAUACCGAAUUCUGCAUUUCUCAUGACGCAAACAGUUGUCUGAGAACGAGACUGGGAUAAUAAUAUUGUUGAAAACAACGU